CUGCGGCCUACGUCGUACAAGAUCGAUCUCCUGCCGCCGCCGUCGGGGAGCCCCUGCGGCCACUCCGGCGAACGAGUGCGGCCGUCAUCGCUGUCGCCUCCUUCAACAGCGCCUGACCGCCUCGCCGUCACCUUCUCAAGCCGUGCAUCGCCAUGUACGGGUUCGUGAACCACGCCUUGGAGCUGCUGGUCCUGCGAAAGUUUGGCGCCGAAACAUGGGAACAAAUCAAGCGGGAAGCCGAGAUCGAGAUGGAGGGCCAGUUCCUGGUUCGACUAGUCUACGACGACGAGAUCACCUACAGCCUCGUGCUGGCGGCUGAAAAAGUCCUCGGCAUUGCGGCCGACGAGAUCCUGGAGAUGUUCGGGCGCAUGUUCUUCGACUUCUGCCAGGAGUCCGGCUACGACAAGAUCCUGCAGGUGCUGGGUGCCACGCCCCGUGACUUCUUGCAGAACCUGGAUGCCCUGCACGACCACCUGGCCACCAUCUACCCGGGCAUGCGCGCCCCUUCUUUCCGAUGCACAGAGAGGCCAGGGGACGGGGCGCUGCUCCUGCACUACUACUCCGAGCGGGAGGGACUCGAACCCAUCGUCAUCGGUAUCGUCAAGGCUGUGGCGAGCAAGCUGCACCACACCGAGGUGCAAGUGGAGCAGCUCCAGGGUAAGGAGGACGGCCUCGACCACGUCCAGUUCGCCAUCCGGGAAACUGGUCAGCGUCCGCGCACGCCGGAGCCCGAGCUCGAGGACUUCUUGGACGCCGAGUCGCUGCAGGAGAAGAAGAUCAGUCCGGCCACGUUUUGCCGCGCAUUUCCUUUUCACGUCAUGUUCGACCGGAACCUGAACGUCGUGCAGGCCGGCACUUCGGUGACUCGUGUGCUGCCCACCCUUGCACAGGAGAACAGCCGCAUCUCGGACUUCAUGGAGCUGGUGCGGCCUCACAUGGAGCUGACAUUCGACAACAUCCUGGCGCACAUCAACACAGUGUACGUGCUUCGCACGCGGGCCGCGGCCGGCCAAUCCGGUGAGCGAGCCACGCGCAUGCGCCUCAAGGGCCAAAUGCUGUACGUGCCGGAGACCGAGCUCAUGCUGUUCCUGUGCUCGCCGAGCGUCCUCAACCUGGACGAUUUGAACCGGAGGGGCCUCUACCUCAGCGACAUCCCGUUGCACGACGCCACACGAGACCUCGUGCUCCUCUCCGAGCAGUUCGAGGCCGAGUACAAGCUGACCAAGAACCUCGAGAUACUCACCGACAAGCUCCAACAGACAUACCGGGAGCUCGAGGACGAGAAGAAAAAGACGGACAGGCUCCUGUACUCCAUCUUGCCACCGUCAGUCGCCAACGAGCUCCGCCAUCACCGACCCGUGGCCGCCAAGAAGUACGACUGCGUCACCAUCCUCUUCAGCGGCAUCGUCGGCUUCAGCGCCUACUGCGCCCAGCACUCGGACUCCAAGGGGGCCAUGAAGAUAGUCAAGCUCCUCAACGACAUUUACACAACCUUCGACGUCCUCACCGACCCCAAGAAGAACCCUAACGUGUACAAGGUGGAGACGAUUGGCGACAAGUACAUGGCCGUGAGCGGUCUGCCCGAGCCAUGCGAGAGCCACGCGAGAUGCAUUGGCCGCCUGGCACUGGACAUCAUGGAUCUGUGCAAGCAGGUCAAGAUGAACGACGACCAGAGCGUGCAAGUGACGAUUGGCAUCCACUCCGGAGAGGUGGUGACCGGAGUGAUAGGAAAGCGGAUGCCGCGCUACUGCCUCUUCGGCAACACCGUCAAUCUUACCAGCCGGACGGAGACCACGGGAGAGAAAGGCAGAAUCAACGUCUCCGAAGACGCCUACCGGUGUCUGCAGCAGCCGCAGAACGAGGACCCGACGUUCAAGUUCGAUUUCCGAGGACCAGUCACGAUGAAGGGCAAGAAGGAACCGAUGAAAGUCUGGUUUCUAUCCCGGAACCCCGAUGCCAAAGCAGCCGCGUAACGACGUGCAUCCGCCACGUGACCACAGCUGCAGCGAGGAGAACGACGACAGCGCCACGCCGCAGAAAUAUCGCGCGAAGUGUCUCCCGAAUUGACUUGUUUCGAAGCGGAGAAUUGAAACCGACCAAUUCUUCUGUCAUCAGGGAUGCUAUUCUGGACAUUGUCAAAUUCCGCCAUGUUGUCAAAUUCCACCAUUAGUUAAUCCUGAUCGAUUGGCACAGGGGGCUGUCAAGGCCUCCGUGAUUGACUUAAAGUACCGCCAUUACGAAAUAUGACAAUAUGGUGGAAUAUUUGACAGUGUCCAGAAUAGCACCCUUGUUUGCAGCUAGAUUCGGUGUGCUGCUGCAUGCGCUCCCUACUAUAUUCAGACGCUGCCUUGUUGUAUAGCUUGUUAAUCGCCAACGCUAAUAACGGACAUGGAACAUCAUAUAGAUAGCACUUGUCAAUUUAUAUAUUGCGUUUCGAGUCCCUGAUUGGCGUUGGCAAUAACACGCCACAUAAGUGAAGCGGCUGCAACUUAAUUCUGAGCUGCUUUCGUUGUUGUUGUUGUUGUUUACCAGUGUUAGCUCAUUGUAUUUUGUAUAUGGCACAUUAAUGGAGUAACCGUAUGAGUGGAAGCACAUUUAGACAGCGGCCCGUGUGGAAUUCUUAGAUUCUCCCGCUUAUUUCGUCCUCUAAAUCGUCUUGCACACCACUUACCUAGUUUUUCGGUAUUACCUUUAUCUUUUAAAAAUGCUUCUCGUCCUGUCACAUCGGCCGUUGGCUGCUACACUUUGGUAAUGGAGGGCAAAGUAGCUGUCUUGUAUUCGCAGGUAGAUUGGUUUCAACGAGAGCAAUACAUAAUCGCGAAGAAUGAGUGCAUUUUCGCUGAACCAGCAAAAAAAAAAGUAUUUGAUCCCGUCCCGCUGAUACAUCCGACCAAGAGCGUUUGUAUGUUGUGAUGUGUGAUUUUCGUGUACUGUGAUCAAACAAGCAGUGGGGCCUUUUGAUUUCGCUUGCAUCCAAAUGGUGGCGUCGCAAACUACCACUUUGUAGGGUGCCUCGAUGCUCUUGUUGUCACGUCCGCCACUGAAGUGCCCACCCUUUCACUCAAGCCUCACGUGCGUGCCAAUGCAAGCUCGCACAGUGGCUUAAUUGGUCUCUGCGCUUCGAAAAGAUGCCUGGAUGAUGCGUGCCCCAGUGCACGAAAGCUUUUUACAGCCGUGUGCUGCCGAGGAGUGGGCACCGACAUGGCGCAGACGUCGCCACCUUCCACAAAGCGGCGGUGGAGGAAAAGCAUCUAGGCGCCCUACGAUUUUGUCUUUAACGAGAGACAGAGGGGGAGGGAAGUGGGGGAGGAGAACGAGGAACGGAGGAAACGGUGGUGUCAGUGCGUCUUUUUCACAUUGUUACAAAGAGAGAUAAAAGAAAACGUGUCCACGAAGAGCCUGACAAUUAGGGAGGACUGCUUUCUGACGAAGGAAUGCAUGCACUUCUUUUUACCUAAAGCUCAUAGAACGUAUUUGCUCGUUCUUAACAGCUCUCCGUGAUAGAACACGUAGCAGAAUAACGGAAAUUUUGAUAACAUCGGUUUAUACCUUGAACACGGAUGACGAGGGGACGAAAGCCCGGCAGUUAUUAUUCACCCUCUCUGCUAAACGUAAACGUAUGCGAAACAAGACUCAAUGUUAGUAAAAGGUGAGUCUUUUGUUCACUUGCUUGGUGUUCUUUUUGAGGAAGUGGUGGGUGGGUGGUACGUCAAGUGUUCAAUACUUGAAAUAAUGUGGCCUGCCGUGAGUGCAAAUCGCAUAAGCAGUUGUUACAAGUGUUGAGAAUGUCAACUUGGUAUGACGCGCUUCUUAUUCGGGAUCUGAGGGCUGAAGCUUCUUGUACAUAGACGCGCUUGAGGGAGAAAAGAGCACUGCUUAUUUCCCGUGUCAUUCUUUAGCCACGUGUGCUUUUGCCUUUCGUUCAUGUCCUGCACUCGUACGCUGCGCGCGCAUCUCGUUUAACUGACAUCAGCGGAAUCUACAUGGAAAAGAAACACCCAAUUUACUCUUGUGUGCACAUUCAUUUUGUGAGAUUACCGCACAGCCACCCAGAACUGUACAUACGCUCGAAUGAAAAAUAAAUAAAAUGUUGCCAAUGUAA